UACGGAGAAAUGGCAAAGUACGCCUUCACAAGUCAAAAAGAAAUGCAAAUAAUACAUUUUCAAUCGGUAGAACAUGGUCGCUGGAAGAAAUAAAGGCUUUAGAGGUCAUUGAUUCUCUCGCUUUUAUUGUAACAAUAAACAAGCCAUAUCUUUGGACUGCUGAUAAUCAACGCGAGAGGAACUUAUUUCUAGCUACUCUUUUAAAGGUUUAUAAGAGACACAUAAAACGUCUCCCAAAAUUAGUUAAUUUUGAUGAUAAUUCUGUAUCAG